GCGGGGAGCCGGCGCCCGCGCGGGUAGGGGUUUCAGUUUCUGGCGCGAACUUCCGCCGUUCCGAAGUUGCACGGACUAUUGGCGCGAUGUCCGGAGACAGCAGCGGCCGCCGGGCCGAGGGCCGCAGCCGAGGCCGGGUCCGCGACCGGCACCGGGAACGCAGCCGCUCCCCGCUGCUGCCCGGGUCCCGCCGGAGCGCGGCGCCGGAGCGCAGGGUGGCCCAGGAGCGCCCGAGCCUGGAGGAGGCUGAACCGUCGGAUUCCGGGGACGAGGGGGUGGACCCGGCGAGCUUGGAGGCGGACACCGACCACGGCCUGUGCCGCCAGAUCCGCCAUCAGUACCGGGCGCUCAUCAACUCCGUCCAACAAAAUCGAGAGGAUAUACUGAAUGCCAGCGACAAACUAACAGAGGUCCUUGAAGAGGCCAACACUCUGUUUAAUGGAGUGUCCCGAGCAAGAGAAGCAGUUCUAGAUGCCCACUUUCUUGUUCUGGCUUCAGAUUUGGGAAAAGAGAAAGCAAAGCAGCUGCGCUCCGAUCUCAGCUCCUUUGAUAUGCUGAGAUAUGUUGAAACUCUAUUGACACAUAUGGGUGUAAAUCCACUAGAAGCUGAAGAACUCAUCCGUGAUGAAGAUAGUUCUGAUUUUGAAUUCAUAGUCUAUGACUCCUGGAAAAUAUCAGGCAAAACAGCAGAAAACACCUUUAAUAAAACCCAUACAUUCCACUUUCUGUUGGGUUCAAUACAAGGAGAGGCACCCGUGCCAAAGCCACGUGUCGAUCGUCCAAAGAAAGUUCGUGUGAUAGAAGAGCAGAGGGCAAUGCCUGCCCAGUUAAAAAGAAUGGAAGAAUCUCAACAAGAAGCAACAGAAAAAGAAGUAGAAAGAAUCUUGGGAUUGUUGCAAACCUAUUUUCGAGAAGAUCCUGAUACGCCCAUGUCCUUCUUUGACUUUGUGGUUGAUCCACAUUCAUUUCCCCGUACAGUGGAAAACAUCUUUCAUGUUUCCUUCAUUAUAAGGGAUGGUUUUGCAAGAAUAAGACUUGACCAAGACCGGCUGCCGAUAAUAGAGCCUGUUAAUAUUAAUGAAGAAAGUGAGGGAAUUGACCAAAACACCCAGACUAGGAAUCAAGGAAUCCUAGCUUUGAGUUACCGGGACUGGGAGGAGAUUGUGAAGACCUUUGAGAUCUCAGAGCCUGUGAUUGCCUCCAGUCAGAGUCGGCAGAGACUAAGUGUUUGAUGCCCGCUUGAAGGUGACGGACUCAAAUGGAUAGUGAAAUUCUAAAAGGAAAGCGGCAUGUUUUGUAUAUAUUGUAUGAUUAAACAUUUUUAAAGACAGAUUGUUUUUAGGAAAAUGUAAAUUUUCAUAGUUAAUGAAUUUGUCAUGGUCAUCUUUGAUUAAAGGAAUUUCAAUGCCAUA